GCUGAGAAACAUGGAGUCCAACGCAGUCCAGCUGACAAGGAUGGAAUACGCCAUGAAGUCCCUUAGCCUUCUCUACCCCAAGUCCCUUUCCAGGUGAGGAGAGUGAAGCCGAGAGAGGUGGUAAUUGGGGGAACGUGAGGCGCAUGUCAGUGCAUACCUCUGUGGUGACCCAGCAGCUGCUGUCGGAGUCCUGCCCCAAGGCCCCCAGGGCCCGGCCCUGCCGCGUAAGCACUGCGGAUCGAAGCAUGAGGAAGGGCAUCAUGGCUUAUAGUCUUGAGGACCUCCUCCUGAAGGUCCGGGACACUCUGAUGCUGGCAGACAAGCCCUUCUUUCUGGUGCUGGAGGAAGAUGGCACAACUGUAGAGACAGAAGAGUACUUCCAAGCCCUGGCAGGGGAUAUAGUGUUCAUGGUCCUCCAGAAGGGGCAGAAAUGGCAGCCCCCAUCAGAACAGGGGACGAGGCACCCACAGUCCCUCUCCCAUAAGCCUGCCAAGAAGAUUGAUGUGGCCCGUGUAACCUUUGACCUGUACAAGCUGAACCCACAGGACUUCAUUGGCUGCCUGAAUGUGAAGGCGACUUUUUAUGAUACGUACUCCCUUUCCUACGAUCUGCACUGCUGUGGGGCCAAACGCAUCGUGAAGGAAGCUCUCCGCUGGGCCCUCUUCAGCAUGCAGGCCACGGGCCACGUGAUGCUUGGCACCUCCUGUUACCUGCAGCAGCUCCUCGAUGCUACAGAGGAAGGGCAGCCCCCCAAGGGCAAGGCCUCAUCCCUCAUCCCGACCUGUCUGAGGAUACUGCAGUGAAAGCCCAAGUCCUUGGAAGAUUUCCCCAGUGAAAGAAUAGACUAGGGGCCCCACGCUUAACUGGUAGUGCUCACAAGCCUGGCAGCUGUAGAGCCGCUAACCUCCCCACACCUCCCUCACUGCGUAGGACCUUAGUGAGGAGAAGGGGCUGGAAACCUGGGGUGGGUUGGCCAAAGGAGAACCUCAGGCUCCUGGCCUGGCCCAGCUCCUUCCUGCCCAAGGCAGCUUAGCCCACCCAGACUUGUCCCGAAGUGUACCCCUCCAUUGGCAUGAAGUCUGCCCCUCAGCAAUCCGGCCUCGCAGGUUGCACUUUCAUGGUGCUGUCUACCUUCUGGCCCCCAUCCCAGAACAUUCCUGAGUGAAUCCUCAAGCACAUCAGCAUGUGAUAUUAGGGAGUUUGCAAUAAAUUAUUGAGGCUGAUGU